UUUAAUGUUUUGAUUUUAUCUCGGAGGAACGGGGGUGUGUCUUUACCGUACGUAUGAAUCAGGAAGCACUUUUUUAUACUGAACUUUGCAAAACAGAUUUACGUCUUCGUUAGUGGCAUUUUCCUAAAAUCUAAACGCGUCUCUGGACUCACGACACGGUGGCAUCAUGACAGUGUUUGAAAACUGUACUGUGGUGGUAGAUGUGAAGAAUGUGCCUUAUAAAGAGAAGAAGAAGCUGAAAUUAGCUCUUCUGGAUAAUGGAGGAAACAUCUCUUAUGUCAUCAACAGAGAGUGCUCUUUUGUAGUCACCAGCAGUGUGAAUGACCUGAGCAGUAACCGGCAGCGCAGUAUCCAGAAGCUCCAGAUCCCAGUUGUUGGGAUCCAGUAUGUGUGGAGCUGUCUGGAUGAAGGGCAUCUCCUGCCUUUGACGGAGCAUAAUUUGGCCCCACAGCCGGCUUAUUCCACUUCUGAACUCAUCUCUUAUCCAGUGUCGACCCAGAUACUUAAAAAAGAGAAGCUCAAAGGUCAGUCUGAACUCCCAAAGACUGAGAUUGAGACUCUUGAGAAGGAUGGGCCUCAUCUCGGCAGGUUCAGAGUUUACAAAGAAGGCGACCGUGACCUGCCUGAAUUUCCUUCACAUUUUCAAGUGGCCAAGUAUUCAGUUUUUGAGAGGGUCAAACCCAAGACUUUGUCAGUUUUGGAGCUGCAGAGUGCCAGAGGACGAGCAGGCCAGCAGUAUCGUGUGUUGUGUUCAAUCUUGAGUGAAACUGAGAGCGCAGUGGUGCAGGACAAGAUUGUGUACUGUGUGACGUCUGAGGAUGCUGUGGAAGCGUAUCUGCUGUUGAUGAAGGAGAUGGAGACACAAGGAUUCACAAAGACUCUUACGCUUCCUCCUGAGUUUGAGCGCUUGGUGUCCUACAGCCUGCAGCAGCUUCUGUUGGAGGAGAAGCUGAACUGCAGCACAUUAUCACAGGAAGUUGGCGUCUUUGUGGAGCUGGUUUGGACCGAAGCUCUCGGUUCCCUUAGUAACAUCCUGACAGUCCCCGUCUCCAGUAUCAGCCUUAAUGAUGUGAGCAGGGUGGAGGGAUUGUUACUGCAGGCACAAAAGACUCAGAAAGAGGAUGAAGUCAAGGCCCUGCUAGAGGAGGUCAACACUCUUCUACCCUUCAAAAUGAUCGACCCUCCUUCCAAACACAAGCUUGUGUCUCAGAAACUAGACCUUUGUCAGCUGAUCAGAGACAUUCUGAAUGUGAGUGAAGCCACUCUGGGAAGCCCCUCGCCCUCGUCUCUGGGAAAGUAUCGAGCUCUGAGGUGCAGCAUUGAGGUUGUUCCGCCACAAAACCCUGAGUUUCAUGUUGUCUCUCAACUGCUUCAGGACAGGCCUGUUCAGAUUCAGCAGAUUCUGCGGGUAAGCAGAGGGGUGGAGCUUCAGAUGUUUUGGGAGGAUUUAGGCAACAUUAAGCCCCUCCUUCACUCCACUAGUCCCAGUAGUUUUGUUGGAAUACUGUCACGAGGUCUGCUGCUGCCCAGGGUUGGAGUCGAACAGCAUGGAAUUGAGAGGACGGAUAUCGGGAAUCUUGGAGGAGGAAUCUACUUCAGUAACUCUCUAAAGACCAGUGUGAAAUACUCCAAGCCCAGUGUAACUGACGGCUCUCGGCUGCUGUUGGUGUGUGAAGUGGCGUUGGGUCGCUGCAAAGACCUGCUGAAGAAAGACGCCACUUUGACCUGCGCCCCUGACGGCUACCACAGCGUACAUGGAGUCCGCCGCACCCCCAACAGACUCUCUGAAUUUGAGGAUGAUGAGUUUGUCGUCUAUAACACAGAGCAGAUCAGACUGAAGUAUGUGGUUCAGUACACUCUGGAGGGGGACGAGCUAAAAGAGUUUCAGCCUCAUAUCAACACCUUUGUGGAGCUCACACAGCUCGCUGACACGUCUGACGUCUUGUCCAGUGAUGACAGUGAGGGUUUGGAGUCCACUGAGAACCCUCUGGAGGAGAUGACUGCAGGUUUGUUGGACAGCAGUGGUCAGAAACUUCCUCUUCAGGCUGUCAAUGUGAGGUGCAAGCUGAUGGACCUACUGUGUCAGGUCAUCAUAUUUCAGACCUACACAAACAAGAGUGCUGUUCCCAUUGAAGCAAAGUACGUCUUUCCGCUGGAGGAGACGGCAGCAGUGUGUGGAUUUGAAGCCUUUAUCAAUGGAAAACACGUCAUUGGAAAGGUAAAGGAAAAAGAACAGGCUCGUAAGGAGUACAAGCAAGCCAUAGAGAAAGGCCAUGGAGCCUACCUGAUGGACCAGGAUGCACCGGAUGUAUUUACUAUCAGCGUGGGGAACCUUCCUCCCGGAGCCACAGUUUUGAUCAAGGUGACGUUCAUCACUGAGCUGGUGGUGAGAUCAGGCUCUAUAGUCUUCUCAUUGGCUGGCAGUGUGGCACCAUGGCAACAGAGCGCCGCCCUUAAUCAGACGACUCAGGCAACUGUUGAAAAGAUCGGUGUGACGGAGCUUCAGUCAGAAGGGGAGUUUUCUCUGUCUAUGUCCAUUGAAAUGCCUUAUGAGAUCAUCAACCUGAGCUCUUCACACCGCAUCAAAACCAAGAUGACAGACUGUAAGGCAGUGAUCAGCACGUUACCGGGACAGACUCUUGGAUCUGAAGGGUUACAGGUGUCCUUCAGUCUUUCUAAUAUCCACAUGCCCAGGAUGUGGGUCGAGAACCAUCCGGAUAAAGAUAGUCAGGCCUGCAUGCUGGUGUUUUAUCCAGACUUUAAGUCAAGCGGGGUGUCCAGCUCUGGAGGUCCGUCCAGUGUGAGCGAUGUGGUCAUCCUACUGGACUCCUCCAAGUCCAUGCAGGGAGACGCCAUGCUGAACGCCCGCAGGAUUGCCCUUCAAGUCCUCAAAUCUCUGGACCGCUCACUGAAGAUCAACAUCAUCUCUUUCAGCACUGAUUACAAGGAAGCUUUUCCUGCACCAGUGCCUUUAGAUGAAGCAUCUGAACCAGCCAGAAAGUUUAUUAUGUCCUGUAGUGGUGCUGGUGGCGGCACUGAGCUGUGGCGUCCUCUCCGUAUCCUGAGCCUGCUGCCUCCCUGUCGGGGCGUGAGGAACAUCCUGCUGCUCUCUGAUGGACAUGUUCAGAAUCAGCCUCUGACCCUACAGCUGGUCCGAGAAAACUCCUGCCACACGCGCCUCUUCACCUGCGGACUCAGCUUGACAGCUAAUCGUCAUAUGCUCAGAGCUUUGGCUCAAGCCAGUGGAGGAACGUAUGAAUUUUUUGACACCAAGAUGAAACACACUUGGGCAGAGAAGGUGCGCGCUCAGGUUCAGCGUAUGGAGUCUCCAGGCUGCAGAUCAGUGGCAGUGAAGUGGCAGCAGUUUAAUCCCACAGCGCCCCCUCCUGUUCAAGCCCCCUCACAGCUUCACGCCCUCUUCAGUGACUGUCACACUCUCAUAUACGGCUUUGUGCCGCACUGCACUCAGGCCACACUGUUUGGUGAUUUGAGUGGGAAUGAGAUCAAAACAAUGGUUUCCACCACAGAACUACAAAAGACGAAAGGAACUUUCCUUCACAAGUUAACAGCAAGAGCGAUCAUCAGAGAUUAUGAAGAUGGCAUUCUAGGCAACAGUGAGGCAGAACAUGAGGGGAAGAAAGCAGAGCUGAAGUCCUACAUCAUUGAGCUCAGUAAAGAGUUCUCCAUCUUGUCCCAGUUCACAAGCUUUGUCGCCAUUGAAGAGAGGGACCAGAAUGAGCUUGACACUGGAUUGACAGAUAUUCCUAAAGUCAUAUCAGAGGAGGAUGUGGAUAUUUUGCCAUAUAUGGGCUGGACUGAAGAGAAGCUCAAGGCUGCGCAUAUUAUUGCUGCUGAAGAAGAUCACAUAUACACAGAUUCAGCUGAAUUAUUCAGUAGCUGCUCCACAUCUCCUGAUCUGCUGCUUCGUGCUUGUUUAAGAGCAGCAUUAGAUGAUGUUGAAGAUAAUUCAGGGGAUGCCUAUGGAUUUAUUGAUGAUUUUGUAAAAGAAGCAUCUGCAUCUCCCCCUUCUCCUCCUUACACCAGUAGCUGGCGUCCUUCACGUUUUGAAGGUAGCAUUUGUGGUUUCAGAGGCUCAGCAAGACCCUAUAAUCGUCUUUCGUCUAGUUCUGAUGUAAGUGAUGCAAAGCCUCAACCCUCCCCUCGCCUUGCCGCCAAGCUUGGCACCUCAAUGGAUGCUCCCAGUCCUGUGGCCCAUUUAAUUCUUGGGUCAGGGAAACGUCUCUCCAAGGCUAGAAGGCUUUCUUCUCCUCCUCCUCCUCCUUCUGGUGGUGCCUCCAUGAGUGACAGGCUUCUUCCUACUACUGCCACCUCAAUGCCUUUUCCCCUUCGACUUGCAUGUUUCUCACCAUCAGUAGAAUCUUACUCCUCAAAAGACAGCCUUGCAUCCCAGACAGACACAACCCCACAAGGUGCCUUAUUUAGAGAUCCCCUUCCUUAUCAUGUUGGUGUCAUUCAUGAAUCAGUGGAACCUCAUUCCAACACUAACUGGAUUUCUCCUCAUUCUCCUUCUGGUGAUGCCAUGAUGUCCUUAUCUGCCUUCACGACUGAAUUAAUGACUGCACGGCUUCCCCCUCCACCUCCCCCUGCUGCCUCAGUGCCUCCUCCCCUUCAUUUUCCUCCAUUAGACGAUUACUUUAACCCCAGGAGUGGAUCUUCUGCCCUUCACCGUGCCCCAGCACUCGAACUGGAGUUUGCAGGUCCCCCAAUGCGUAAUAGUUAUGCAGAAAUGCCAUACUUGACUCCCAGCCCUACUUCUCCUCAUUCUCCCCCUGUUGAAAAACGUGGCACACGUUUUUCAACUAUUCAAAGUCUCUCAGGGAUGGUGUGUGAUGCCUCAACUGCUCCUGUCUUUGAAGGUCUUCCUCGUCAUCAUGCAUCUGAGCAGUACUCGUCUCCCAGCCCUAGUCCUCCUCCUACUGGUUUAGGCAGGAUGGGCGCAUCUUUUUCAAGAAGAAGCAAGGCUGCUGCCCCCGCUGUCUUUGGUCAUUCCAUGCCUGCGCCACUCUCUGUCCCUGCAUCUGGUGGCUUUGGUGGUUUCCUCCACAGUACAAAUGAGCAUUUGGACCUUUUUGGUUCCUCAUUCCUUGGACUUUCUGCAGCAUUGCAUCAAACACAACCAGUGCACCAAGCAGCACGAGAACAAAUACAAGGACAAAAGCUACAACAGCAACUAGGCACUGCAGAUUCAGUACAAUAUAAACAACAUAGCAUUCCUAAGAUUGGUUUUCCUAGAACAGAACAAUACAGAGAGCUUGACAACAUCCUGAAUCUGUCAGUCAGGGCAGAUAAAACAAGCAGACCUGGCACAGUGGCCUGGAAUGAGCUGUUUGAGCUUCAACAUGAGGAUGGAUACUGGGAGUGCACUGAGAGGCUGAGCAGCUUCCUCAACCUGGACGUAGACUUUUUUGCCAAUGUCUUCCUUAAGGAGAAAGGCAUCCGUUCCUUUGGUGUGAAGGCUCAUGUGGACAUUCUGAGACUGGUGGCGACUCUGCUGGUGCUGCAGCUGAUCCGGGUGAAGAAGCUGGCAGUGGGACAGUUACUCGAGUCUCUCUUCCGGCUGAAAGAGUCCCAGGAGCCCAGACCGAUGCACUGGGAGGCAGUGAAGAGGGCCGUGGACUGGGCCUGUCGGACAGACAGACAGUAUCCGUGUGUGUGCAGCCGGCUGGAGAUCGGCCGGGAUUGGGAAUCAUCUACUCGUCAGUUACUGGGCUGUGAUUCUCCAAACCCAUAUUCCCCUCUCAAAGCUGUUCUGGAGAGACGUGUGGGUGUAUCAGUCAUGUAGAAACUGGACACACACUUCCCUCUUCAUUUACAGUUGCUGCUUGCUUAAAAUAUAGAAAAUAUCCAGUGUCAUUUUAAAGCUUUUUUUCAGAACUAGGCAUCAGUUCUUUUUAAUCUAGUGUAAUACUGAUUUUUGUGGAUGUAUGAAGUAAUUUCUCCUCAAGUUCACACAGAUGUCCUAGCAGAACAACCAUUGAUGUCGUUCAUAUCAUUAUCUGUGAUCAUGAUGCACUGCAGUAUGUUGAUUUAUCAUUUAAAAUGUCUCAAAAUUUGUGACAAGUGUGUUGUUGACAGUUUUGCUUGUGUUGUCUUUCUUUAAAAUGAAAAUAAAUAUAUAUAAACAUGAAGUAAA